AAAUUAUUAAAAAUUCGGAAAAUAGUUGAAAGUCGAGAAAAACCCAACAGAAAGGAUGUUAAAGCGACCGGGGCCCCUGACUCCGGACGGUGUUGAGCGCAUAAAACUGGAUAGAAUAAUUGCAUCAGUACUAGUUGGGCACUGCGCCCCAGUCCAUGUAGCUGGUCAGCCUUAGAGUGCAAUGGCCACAGGAACCCAGGGCCACCGUGACCACGUCCUGGAGAGAACCAAGCUUGCGGCACCCACAGGGAGGCGCAGGAGAGCAGAGGGAAAGCCGAAGAAGAAUUUCCCUUGCCAGGAGUGUCAGAAAGCUUUCAACAGUCUGGAGAAGUUGAAGGUGCACUCGUACUCUCACACAGGAGAAAGACCCUACCGCUGCUCCCACCACGACUGCACCAAGGCAUUCGUCUCCAAAUACAAGCUGCUACGGCAUAUGGCAACUCACUCGCCAGAAAAAAACCACAAGUGUUCAUACUGUGAGAAAAUGUUCCACCGCAAGGAUCACUUAAAGAAUCACCUACACACUCACGACCCCUACAAGGAGGCAUUCACCUGUCAGGAGUGUGGAAAGAGCUACAACACCAAGCUGGGCUUCAAACGCCACCUUGCCCUCCAUGCCGCCAACAGUGGAGACCUCACCUGCCAAGUGUGCCUGCAGCCGUUCCCCAGCACUGGGGUUCUCUUGGAACACCUCAAAACACACGCUGGCAAGUCCUCUGGUGGGACCAAAGAGAAAAAGCAUCGCUGCGAGCACUGUGAGCGCCGAUUUUACACCCGUAAAGAUGUGCGACGCCACAUGGUGGUGCACACCGGACGCAAGGAUUUCCUCUGUCAGUACUGUGCCCAGCGCUUCGGUAGGAAGGACCACCUGACACGUCACGUGAAGAAGAGCCACGCUCGGGAGCUGCUGAGGGUAAAAACUGAGCCAGCUGAUUCGCUGGAGCCCGCUGUCUAUGACUUGGCGUCUGGGGGCAUCAAGGGCGAGGUCCCGGUAAUGCUGUCACCGAGGCCGCACCAGCUCCACAUGUACACAGGCCCCGUCCUGGACUCGGAGCCCUUCCCCCCCCCACACCCUUUUUCUUUUAAGUACCCACUGGGUUCCAACUUUACCUCAUACACCGUUUCCUCACAGGAGCGGGAGCAGAAUCUAAAGGGAGAACUGGAGACCUACCUGAUGGAGUUGCAGAGCAGCAUGCCCUCCUCAUCCUCUGCAGCCCAAGAACCCCAACUCUCCUCCUCCAAACUCGAGUUGGAGCAUCAAGUGGACGUGCUGGAGGAAGCGAGCGAGGGGGUAUCUCUGUCCAAAAUGUCUACAACGAUGGCAGCAGCCACCGCAGGCGACUCUCUGGCAUCUUCCUCUUCUCUGAUGGACUUUUCACAGCUUUUCAACUUCCUGCCACUCAACGGGCCCCCGUACAACCAGGCGGUGGGCAGCGGAGGGCAGGGCGUUGCCUACCCACCCAACGAAGAGCCCACACCUCUCGUCCAGCUUCCCCUCCAGCCUCAAGAAGGCCCAGAGACGGCAGAGAGUCUCCCUUCCUCCUUCAUAUCCAACCUGAGCACACACACCACUCUGCCCCGCUUCCACCAAGCUUUUCAGUGAUCCAGUAUGUACUGCGCCUCGCACACAUGCACUCUAACACACAUACUGACACACAUGUCGAGCUACAAACUUCCCAGCAGACACCGAAACAAGAUGCAAGUAAUACAUGUUUGAGGAUAUUAGCAGUUCUGUCCAUUUAUGACAACAUGAGCAGAUAUAAACACAUGCCGCAAACACAUGAUAAUCAACAGCGAGAGCAGCACGCGCACGCACGCGCGCGCACACACACACACACACACACACACACACACAGCGUUUUAAUUGCUACUGUUGGGAUGUCUUCUUUUCACCUAAUGAGCUUUUUAUUGACGAGUUGGCAAAUCCUCACCACCUCUAUUGCCUAAUGACGUGUUCACUAAAUAACAGAAAAAUGAUCCUCUUGUGCUGUGUGGAUAUGCAAAUACAAUACCCAAUUUCUCAGUUUCUUGCUGUCUGC